AUGAGAAAGAAUGAUAGAAUUUAGGAUGGGGUAUGACAACUGGAUUGGAUAAUAAGACACUUGGGUUGAACCACAUUAAAAGAUUGAAUCCAAUCGAUUAGCUAGUUCAACUCAAGGGCUUAUAUACCGGUUUAUUUCCUCUUCAAGUUCCGAUGUGCGAUGCUCUUUAACACUCCCCCUCAAGUGGACAACCGGGCCAUUUUGAAUCUAACCGGUUGACCACUUGCAAAUGCACUCCCAUCCCCUUGAUUUUUUUUUUGAGCGCCAACACCUAAAGGACCACGAGCCGCUGGAAGAAAUUAAAUGGCCGCUUCAUCUCUCCUCCUUCUCUACCUUUCCGCUUUUCUCGCGGUCUCGAAUUCCGAAGCGGGGCCCCUCGUCGACAGCUGGGACGACGCCUCCGGCAUGGAAUACUACUUCCCGUCCCCGCCGCCGCCGGAACGCGGGCGGUGCGAGGACGUGCGGUGUCGAUUCCCGGCGUGCGUGGGGUUUCUGACCGGAGAGGCGGAGUGGCCGCCGGCGAGGUGCUGCUCGAACCUCGAAGAACUGAAUGAGGUGGCGCGUGCGGAGGGUCCGCGUAGGAUAUGCGCGUGCAUCGAGGAUUUGAACGCGAGUUUCGUGGAGUCGAGGAUACGGGAGAUUUACAAGAGGUGUGAUAUUCACCUCAGUUUCCCCAUUUCUCAACACAUGGACUGUUCCAGUCUUUAAGCCAAUGGAUCGGAGCAUUCCUAAAUUCGAGUUGAGGAUUCAUUCUCUUGCCCGUAAAUCUUUUCUAUUUGUGACUUCUAAAAUUCAAUGAAUAUACUUUAUACAA